UUCGUUCCUUGCGCGCCAGAGGAAACAAGACAGUCAAGAUGCCUUCCGCUCACGGACACAGAUGUGAGGGCCGGCACCUGAGCUACCAGCGCGGCAAGCGCAACACCAACCCCAACACCAGCCUUAUCAAGCUUGAGGGUGUUGAUGACUCCAAGGCUGCCAGCUUCUAUGCGGGCAAGAAGGUCGCAUUCGUCUACCGGGCAAAGCGUGAGGUGCAGGGAUCCAAGAUCAGAGUCAUCUGGGGCAAGGUCACCCGGCCACACGGAAACUCCGGCGUUGUCCGUGCUCAGUUCAGACACAAUCUCCCCCCCAAGACCUUCGGUGCUUCCGUCAGAGUCAUGCUCUACCCUUCUUCCAUCUAAAUCGAUCGGCUGCCGGGCGGAGGUGUGGGUGGUUGAAAAGGGGUUUGUUUGGUGAAUCGACACAGUCCCGAUUAGGGUGGAGCAGACAGACCUGCGGGGCGAAAAAGGGACCAGACUACAUAGUUUGAGAAAAAGCGCAAAAAAGAACGGCAUCAGGAGACACAACCCGUCUGAAGUCAGGACCAAAUAGGGAUUUAUUUUUUUUCCACGCUCGCAAUUUUUCCGGUUUAUAUGGGUAUCAGUUUUGUCUCUAUCUUGUCCCUCUUCCUCCGGGCUAAGAAGCAUCGACGAGGAGUCAGUCCCCUAGAUGGAAAUGGGUGGCGCCGUCUAUUUGUUGAUGUUUUAAUGAAAUCAAACGGGACCAUAAUGCCCGAUGUGAUUGCAUUUUCCUCUGGCUAUGAUUGUUGUUCCUCUCUUUCUCCGCUUUAUUAUCUCUUUCCCCUUCGGGUCUGGUCUUUACCCAGACUCCAUUUCUUUUUUUUUAAUUUGACGAGAUCCACGUGUCAAUAAAGAAAAGGACAAACCGAAUACAUUUGAAGAAAUCAAAGAAGCCACUCCAGCU